UACCAAUUCAACUCAAUCAUAUACCAUGAACUCUCACACUUCCAAUAAGCUCAUAGAGCUGUUGUUAAUCACGUACUCUUUCUCGUUUCUACGUAUUAUUAACGCUCAAUCUUACGAUUUCUUCUACUUCGUUCAACAGUGGCCAGGAUCAUAUUGUGACACCAAACAAAGCUGUUGCUACCCAACCACAGGGAAGCCAAAAUCAGACUUUGGCAUUCAUGGGCUUUGGCCUAACAUGAACGAUGGUUCUUACCCAUCAAACUGCGACUCUACCAAUCCCUACGAUGAUUCCAAGAUUUCAGACUUAAUGAGCAGGAUGCAUCGAGAGUGGCCAACACUGGCUUGUCCAAGUAAUAGCGGCUCAACAUUCUGGUCACACGAAUGGGAAAAACAUGGUACAUGUUCUGAGUCCGUCCUCACCCAACGCUCCUACUUCCAGACCACUUUGAACCUCAAGAAUCAGAUUGAUUUGCUCCAGGUUCUUCAGAGUGCAGGAAUUCAACCGGAUGGAAGUUCAUAUAGCUUGGCCGAUAUUAAACAAGCAAUCCGGGACGGGAUUGGAUAUGAUGCCUGGAUAGAAUGCAACAGCGACGCAGACGGUGAAAGGCAAUUGUAUCAGGUUUACGUCUGUGCCGAUUCCUCGGCGUCUACUCUCAUCAAAUGCCCUGUUUUUCCCCGUGGAAGUUGCGCUUCCACCAUUAAGUUUCCUUCAUUCUAAUGAAAGAAAGCCAACCGCUUUUAUCUUUUCUCCAGGCUUCUACUCUCAUCACAGCUUAUAUAUUAAUCCUCCUCAAUACCAACCAACAUAUGUAUGAGUAUAUUUAUGUUUUACCUGAUCGAGAAACAAUGCAUAAAAUAAAUGACAUUAUUGUACAUGUUGAUUGAUCGAUGGUUCUAUGAAUUAAAGCGGGUUGCAUUACAUUUUCUCACCCAACUUGGCAACUUGUGUCGUUGUAAUCUAUACUUUUGGGAUGUAAAGUGGAUAGAUGAUAUCAUAUCCCGCGGCUAAC